AUGGCAGCCGUUUCAAGAGAAGCAUGGAUUAAAUUGUACAAGGAUCUGCAAAACGCUGCUGCGAAGUUUCCACAGUACUAUUACCGUGAAUUUUUCCAACGACGAAUUCAUGAUCAUUUUGGCGUAUUCAGCGCUAAUGGCCGAAUGCCUGAGCCAAGCCAAUACAAGAAGGCCGAAGAGCUGUUACAUACAUUGCAACGUCAAGCUGCAGUGAGUAGUUUAUAUCCAGCGCCAAAAUUGGUUAUCGAAAAAGAAAGUUUGACGAAGGGCUUUCGUUAA